UUCCUUCUCUACCCACCACAUCCUUUUCCCCUUUUUAUUCUCUCUAUAUAACCUAAUCUCAACAGCGAUUUACACCUUCUUUCCUAUAUCCCUUUCCAUACGCUAAUUUCUCUUCUCCCACUCAAAAAAAUCUCUCUUUCUCACUCUGAAUACUCAAACUCUUCAAUCUCUCCCGUUCUCUUCUUCAGUCUUCUUUUCCCUCUCAAAAAACAUCCGUCUCCGAGGCUCGGAUCUGCUUCAGAUCUAGGGUUUCUAGUCUGUUCUCACAGAUCCAAUUCGAGUUUCAAUUGAGGGAUGAUAGCUUAGGGCUUUCGCACAAAACCCCCCCAAUGUUCUCCGAAGUUCUUUGAUUCACUCUUUCCCCAUGCGUCGACUUCGUAUGCUACACUCCUUCUCGGUUGUGUUUCUCUACUGGUUCUACGUCUUCUCAGAUCUACCUUUCAAAUCCCGAAUCUCUCCCUAAAUCCUAAUCGCCCCUAAAUCCCUCCUUGCAUUUAGAUCUGCAAAGUAAAAACCGUAUUCCUGUGUGUUUUCUCUUUUACUAUUUUGUUGUUGUUUGAAGACUCUGCCGGCGAGUUGCCACGAGGAAAUAAUGGCUCCGAUCCAGCGCGCGUUGAGUUCGGGAUCGGAAGGUAGCGGAGAUCCACCGAUAGUGUUGGACGAAAGGAAGAGGAAGAGGAUGCUCUCGAAUCGUGAAUCUGCACGCCGUUCGAGGAUGAGGAAGCAAAAGCAGCUGGAGGAUCUCACCGAAGAGGUGACGAAGCUGCAGUCGGCGAACAAGAACCUGGCGGAGGCCAUCAAGGCGAAGGAGGAAGCCAUGACGGAGACUGAGGCCGCCAACGGCGUCCUUAGGGCUCAGAUGACGGAGCUUACCGACCGUCUCCGGUUCCUCAACUCUAUCCUUGAGAUCGCCGAGGAUGUCAGUGGACUUUCCGUCGAUAUACCUGAGAUUCCGGAUCCGCUUCUGAAGCCAUGGCAGAUCCCUCACCCGAUUCAACCAAUCAUGGCUUCCGCAGACAUGUUCCUGCAUUGAUCUGAGGAUUCUUCCUUUUGUUACUCUAUCUGUAUGUUGUGUUCUCUCUGUCGGCGUAGAGUCCCUCUUGGUCUCUGGUGGAAAUUUCUAGAAUUAGGUCAUUGUUGUUGCGAAUGUAGUUUAGAGGUCCUUUUUUUUUGUUUUCAUUGGUACCAUUUGUGUCUAAAUAAUGGAGGGACCUUGUCUUAAUUAUUAUGAUUGCAUUAUCCCAAUUGGUGUUUUAUUGAGCGUCUUAAUGUGUCCAGUGUUAGUGUUUCUGGUUUCAUUGUAGAAGGGAACUAUAUUAUGCAUUAACGGAAUAUUGUGUGCACUGUGCUUAUCUCUUUAAUAUUUGAUUCAAUGAUUUGUGUGU